GACUAGGAGUCUAAAUUGAAUGAAUAAAACCAAGGGUUUAAUAUCUAUCCAAAACAUAAGAAAAUGAAAGCGUUCGCAAUAUCCUCAUCAUUAUUGGCAUUGAAAAAUUUCAACUUCACCCACACUCGAAACCGAAUCUCUAAUCCCUUUCUCUCCCCCUUUCUACCUCUCAACUCCAAAAUCCACUCUUCCCCUUCUCCAACCAUGGCUUCUGCUCCAUCAUCAUCCAUCUAUUCAGAACUAGCACGUUCACCACCCGCAAUUCCCAUGCCCACUCCACCUCUCACCAAGUUCAACAUUGGUCUCUGUCAACUCUCAGUAACCUCCGAUAAAGACCGAAACAUCGCUCACGCUCGCACUGCUAUUCAAGACGCUGCUUCAAAGGGGGCUAACCUUGUUCUUUUGCCUGAAAUUUGGAAUAGUCCUUAUGCAAAUGAGAGUUUCCCUGUUUAUGCUGAGGAUAUUGAUGCUGGUGGUGAUGCUUCUCCUUCUACUGCUAUGUUGUCUGAACUUGCUCGUUUGCUGAAAAUUACUAUUGUUGGUGGUUCUAUUCCUGAACGCUCUGGAGGUCGCGUGUAUAACACUUGCUGUGUGUUUGGGACUGAUGGAAAACUCUUGGCAAAGCACCGGAAGAUACAUCUGUUUGAUAUUGACAUCCCUGGGAAGAUUACCUUUAUUGAAUCAUUGACUCUCACUGCCGGGGAGACUCCAACAGUUGUUGACACAGAGGUUGGACGCAUUGGCAUAGGCAUUUGUUAUGACAUUAGGUUUCCAGAGCUAGCAAUGAUAUAUGCAGCAAGAGGUGCACACUUGAUCUGCUAUCCUGGGGCUUUUAACAUGACAACUGGACCAUUACAUUGGGAGUUAUUGCAGAGAUCAAGGGCUACAGAUAAUCAGCUAUAUGUGGCAACCUGUUCACCUGCUCGGGAUAAUGGACCUGGUUACGUGGCUUGGGGUCACUCCACUCUUGUUGGUCCGUUUGGAGAAGUUCUGGCUACCACAGAACACGAGGAGGAAAUCAUUAUAGCAGAAAUUGAUUAUUCAAUAUUGGAGCCGAGAAGGACAAAUCUCCCUGUGACUAAGCAACGAAGGGGUGAUCUUUACCAGUUGGUAGAUUUGCAGAGGCUGAAUUCCCACUGAAUCAAACGGCCCUUCUAAAAUUGAGACAUCUGUAUAUUGAUGCCAUCUUUUGUGGUUGUUGAAUGCUGUAUAACCCAAACUCCGGACUGCAGAAAUAAAUAAAGGAAUCUGUGCUUACAAUCAUUGUUUGGUGUGUUGUUAAUUGUGAUCAUGGUUACUAGCAUUUGUUAAAUAGGAAGUUAGACAUUGCUUGGCCUGUGAUGAAAUAAAUGAACUUGGAUGUACAUGAGCGGUAUGUUAUCACUUGUGUGUUUAUAUGACGUGAAUUAUGUUGUGUGUA